AUGAGGAGGGCUGCCCAGCGAAGCAUACUGCUUAAUAUCUCUUCAGAAUGCCGACUGUCCUACCCCUCCCUCAAAUCUCCGCCUCUCUUUCUCACUGCUACCCUCCCCUGCUCUUUUCCCAUCUGUCUUGUCUUCCUUUUAGGUUUCGUUUCUCUCCUCGGCUUCAACGUCUUCUUUCUCUUUCCCUCACCCACAUCACCAUUCAACUCUCUCACUAUUUUCCUUUUCCUGAUUGUUCUUUUCUUACUUUCUCACAAUCCUCUUCCCGCGCCACUUAUGCAGGUGUGGGGGGAGGAGACUUGUAACAGAGCAAGAACUCUCUUCCUAAAUCAACUUCUAUCAACGUUUUCUUGCAGUCCCUGCUCCAACAAUAGUGAAUUCCAUAUAAACAAAUCCGUUUCACCUGUUAUCCCUUCCUACGGCCUUGUUUCCCGCGCCGGACUGAAGCAAGAAAGAAAGAGAGAGUCACGAAUCGAAGGAAAGACGAGAAUCAUCUGCAGCCUAUGUUCAUUAAAUCGCCUUGUCUUUCCUCAUUAUGACUGGCUUAUUGCUUUGUGGCAACCAACCCUUACCCUUAAGCCUGUCUGA